UGCACAUAACAUCAAGACACAAAGGUCAUUCUAAGAGGAGAUGGCUUAAGCUUGAGUUGCGUGGACAUACUACUUGAGGAAAAAACUCAUUGGUAAAGAUCAGUCAUCGUUGAAAUAUCAACCAGACACAAUGAAAACCCUGGCUAGCCUUUGCUUUGUGGCCUUCAUGGCCGUUGUCGCUACUAGUUCUUCCCUCAAGGGUGACCUCACUCAAGCCGAGUGUCCACCUGGUUUCCCUAUUCCUCGAGUGGAUAGUUGCUACUUCUUUUCACCCACCAACCACCGCCACUCUUGGGGAAACGCCCAUGUGAGCUGCCGUCAGAAGGGUGGAUUCCUGGCGCAUUCGAGGACAUCUGAGGAAGAAGCGUUCCUAGAAGAUUAUUUUCGCAAUAAUUACGAUGUGGAAGGCAAUGACUUCAAUUGGUGGGUGGGCGCGAGUGACAUUGACAAUGAAGGGACUUGGUUGUGGGAAGAGGGCCGCGAACUUGUCGUGUACAAUGAUUGGUUGCCUGAGGAACCCUCAAACGACAAAGGUGAGGAUUGCAUGAUCUUCCGCAAGAAAGGGGCCGGGUCUGAAUUGAUCUUCGGCUGGGACGAUCGUCAAUGCUCUGAGCAGAAUUUAUUCAUUUGUGAGAUCAAGGUUUAGCAACCUCGGAAUAGAUCGCUAUCACAAAAUUUGUAAAUUUGUAAAUUUGUAAAAUGUUCAUUUUCUUUCAAUUGUGAUUUCCGCGAGUCGUUUUAAUAGGUAGAGUCGAUGUCACCGUAUCGAAUGUUACUGAACUUGACAGUGGCCUCGGGUUGGUUGCUUUCCACAUCUUCGGGACGUCCAGAUGAGGUGGGACAAGGUCCACGCUCAACUCCGGGUCCGCUGCCGUCCUCGGGGUAGUUCGAGUCCAACCACAACAUGAAGGCCUCAUGAUCGUCCCACAGACUCAUAACCAGGACCAUACCGCGUUUCAGGGCCUCACCCAUGGUCUUAAGACCACCCUUCUUUUGAUGAUCGUUCACAUCACCAAAGAGAUCCUUGAUAUCGGUGCAGAAAUCGUCGGUGAUGGAGUCAUAGUCGGACACACCAUCGAAGUUGACCUUGGAGUUUUCGAUCACUUGUCCGUUUUGAACGUACUUCCGGCGGAUUUCCACCAGAUCUCCGUUGUCAGAGCCAUUAUCGGUGAUGAAUUGGGUGACCACAGUCACAGGCUUGGAGCUGUCCACCUUGAAGCUGGAUCCCUCGCCGAAGAAGGAGGUGUCGCCCAUGCGGUAAGAGGCAAAGUCACAACCGUCCUUGUCGCACACGCCGUUGUAUCGGUCACCAGAGUCGUUGUCUCCGCAAUCCUGGCCCUCACAUCGGGUGGGCUCAUUCACAUCACAAGCGUGGGCGGUGUAGGCCUGGCUCUUGCUGUUGGCUUCCCACAAGUCCAUCUCCAUACAACAGGAUCCAAAGUGACCGAAUCCGGCGUUCUCGUCAUUGUCGGAGGGCACCCAAUCUUGCACAUUGGCCUCGCCGUUGAUCCACUUCAUGUCAUGGGGACAUUGGGCAUCACAAUAACCGGUUCCAAACUUAGCUCCAGCCUCGUUGGUGGGGUACUUGCUCAAACCGCCGUCUUGCUCCAUCUCCACAAAGUAGAGGGCACCAUUCAGACCGCAAUCCAAUUGGGAGGAAUCCACGUCGAAGGUGAACUCCUGGUUCAAGAGGCUGAACAUCUUGUACCUAGAAAAGUACAAUUAACACCAAUGAAGGGUGGCUUUCAGUUGAAACCUUGGGGAACACCUUCCAAGCUUACUUGGUCUCUGAUUCCAAGAGGUAGACACGGGAUCCCACAUUCUUGGAGAACGGUCCAUUGGUCACAAACUUCAAGCUCAGCUCACUGCCGCUCACUUGGAUGCCAUAGGUACCGCUCCAGGUGGCUUGAUCCACACCGUCCAAAGCGCAUUGGGCAGUACAUGUGGCGA